GCGGCGACGAAGCGGGUAAUAGUGCGGUCGAGAAGCCUCCGUCAGGUAUUCGUGUACAAAUAGGCAAAAUUCCUUUUGAGACCAAGGGUUCCAAGCGUGACUAGCUUACGACAUCGAUUUAAUCGCCGCGGAAGAUUAUUAAUUAAGGAUGUGUUAUAUAGAUGAAUCAGGAUGUUGUCGUCAAAGAACCUCAUCGAAUCAUGCUUCGAGCGCGUAUCAGGACUUAAAACCGCAACAGAUCCAAGGAUUAUAUCAAGCCCCCGUUUUCUAUCAGGCUCCAGUAUCCUGUCAAACUCCGGUAUCCUGUCAAACUCCGGCGCCUUACCAAGCUCCGGCGCCCUAUCAAACACCUUAUCAGGCUCCGGCACCUUGUCAGGCUCCGGCACCUUGUCAGGCUCCGGCACCUUGUCAGGCUCCAGCACCUUGUCAGGCUCCGGCACCUUAUCAGGCUUCGGCACCUUAUCAGGCUCCAGCACCUUAUCAGGCUCCGGCACUUUAUCCGGCUCCGGCACCUUACUUGGAAACCCAGCCAGUUCCAGCGUCCUCAUACAAUGACGAUAUUCCCCCCGGUACAACCUUCGUUGGGUUCGUGAGCACGAGCUUUCAGCCCGGAGCCCUUCGUGGAGGAGCUGUUACGAUACCUACCGAUACAGGUUUUAACAGUUCUCCCUUUGCAACAAUGUUAAGGGAAGGAAUAGUGUUUCUCUGUGCACUACGAAACCUGUUUUCCAAGCAUGAUUUCUAACAACAGUGAGAAUUGUAUUGAGAAUUGUAUCAUGUUGGCAGCGUGAAGAACGGCCAGGAAAUAUUAAGCUGGUGUGUCUACGUAUCGCUCGUAUAUUAAAUAAAAAUUGAAUUAAA